UGACCCCUGUCUGCGCAACCACGUCGUGUUCCGUGUUUCCAAGACACCGUCGCCAGCUGCAGCACACGGCAGCACGCCAACGGCGCUGUUGUCUUGUUCACAAAGGGCUCGUGCCACCGCCACAGGCCUUUGCUAACGCACGCGUUUCAUGAAACUCUUUCAUUAUGUCUUUCGCGUUGCAGCAAGCUGGGGUGGUUUCUAGGCUUUCCAAUUCGUUGGGUGUCUCCUCCGCUCACGCGUUGGCUGCGGUCUACACGACUUUGUAUGUCGGCUCGAUCUACCUGUCGAAAGGCGCCCGACUGUCGUUCUCCAAAGCCAAAGCGUACAUCGACUUUGGUUACUCCAGGCCCAAGGAGAUGCGCGAACGCUGGAGGGAUGACCCGGACGUCAUCCGGGCCCGUUUGGUUGCUGUCAGCAUUGCAACCAUCAUUUGUUGUGUUAUGGCGGCUGAUCCCGUGAGAGAGAUCGCAGGGAACGAGCUUGACCGUGUUACCCUACUUCGUUUGACACUGUCACAUCUGGGCAUCACUUUCUCUGGUCUCCUUCCUUUCCUUGUGACGCCAGUCUUGUACCUGGGACCUCUCUACUCUCGCUUCCUGGUGGGGACCCUGCCAUUUCAAAGGAAUUGGACGUAUGAGGACGAUUUCGUUUCUGUUGUCUUUUCAGUCACUGGUAUAAGGAACUAUGUGGUUGCUCCGAUCACAGAGGAAGUCGUAUUCAGAGCAUGUGUCCUCAGUGCAUAUCACUUGGCGAAUGCAUCCAAAGCACGUAUGAUCUUGCUGAGUCCGUUGGCUUUCGGCGCGGCCCACAUCCAUCAUGCAUGGGAAACCUACAAUAGGUAUGGUCGUAGCCCUGCAGCUUUGAAGCGCGCUGCUAUCGGAACAGCCUUCCAGUUCGCCUACACGACCCUCUUCGGGUUCUAUUGCUCAUAUCUCUUUCUUCGCACUGGUUCUGUCUUACCUCCGAUCGCAGCCCAUGUGUUUUGCAAUGUGAUGGGUGUUCCACAACCUGGCUAUGAUAUUGGCCAGAGACCUGACCGGAAAUUAGCCAUUAUCCUGGCGUAUCUUUCCGGUAUAUCUUUAUUCGUGUAUGUGCUCCAAAGGUGGACAUACACCGAGGAAAGUUUGUUUUGGAGUUAGGAAACACCUUGGGGUUUGCAGCUUUGACCUUUGCUUCGGUUGUUGGUGCCUGAUUACGGCGACAGUAUGGGAUGAGUUUGGAAGGUCAUUGUUUUUUCUUGGGAUAGAAUGUCACACAAUACCAUGAGGAAUAAAUAUCCUACUAUGCAGGUGAUGCAAAAGGAGAUU